AUAAUUUGUGAGGUUGAACCGACAGGAAGAGUGGCGUAAAUAUCAUUUGUUUCUUAACUUUACCCCAUGAAAAGUGAUGUGACGGGCCUGUUCCUUUAAGGACCACGUCGCACGCUCCAAUCACUUUCGCGUGUAUUGCCUCACUAUAUUUUGGCCGUUCUUCUUCAUCUCCAGACAUUAACGAUUGUUUUACCGCCUUUCUUAGCAAUCCAUCAUGGACAUAGAGGACGAAGAACAAAAGGGAGAAGAACAAUCUCCUGUUCAAAAGCACAAGAAGACGACCGAAAAUUUAAGGAAGAAAAAGAAUCCAAAGCAGUCAGACUACUUCAAGUGCUUUUACGAGGCAGACUACCUAAUUUUCAAAGGAUUUUGUUUCUUUAUUUAUGCUGCGUAUGGUGGUUUUAUUCCUUACCUUCCACUGUAUUUUAAACAGCUAUUCUUGGGCGCUAGUUACGCAGGGAUCAUCAUUGGUAUCCGACCUCUUAUUCAGUGUGUUGGAGCACCAUUCUGGGGAGUCAUAGCUGACAGAUAUCACGCGGGAAAAGUCAUAUUCUUGGGGAGUGUCAUUGCGUGGAUCGUGAAAGCUUUUCUUCUCCUUGCUGUGCGACCACACAAUCAACAAUGCAUUGAGAUAUACCUGAACGAAACAUCUAAUAUGAGUUACGUUUAUGCUUACGAUCUUUGGAACACAGAGGCUACCGAGGAACCAAAAUGGGUGGUUAUACCACUGCAUCAUCCAAUUAUGGUGGAAAAAAAUAGAAUUACUGUGGUCGAUACACAAGCAAACACACAAGCAAUCAAGGAUGAAACUGACGAACUUCCCGAAGAAGUAUUAAUAAAGAAUGCGCCUCUUCAACAGAGGAAGCCCAGUCAUAAAAAUGCUUCCCGGCAUCACACGAAACCUAGAGGUAAACUGGGAGCCAUGACAGCGAUAGAGAAAAGAAAUACGUCAAACCAUGAUCUUGUUGAGGAUGCGGACAAAGAUAAAAAUGUACCUUCCAUACUUGGGGAAAAUGAAGUUGGAAAAAGGUUUGAACUUAAAUUUAGUCAUAUGGUGAAAGUUUACAAUGAAGAAUUAGAUGCCUCGGUAGAAUUUAUCACUCAAAUUGAUACGUACGAAAUUGACUUCAUGUUCGUCAUGUUUACGUUAAUUAUUAUCAUUGGGGAAUUUUUUGAAUCUCCGACCUACGCUUUGUCAGAUGCUUCUCUUCUCAAGAGACUUGGAGACGAUAGAGAGUAUUACGGACGUAUUAGGAUGUGGGGCUCACUUGGCUGGGCCAUGGCGGCAACUAUGGUCGGACUUAUAAUCAAUUAUUCUACUUUCAAGCUUUGCCAGUGGCAACAAAACAACUAUAUAGUUGCUUUUUUCGUCUUCAUCGGGUUUGUCGCGGCUGCAUUUGUAAACGCGUUGUGGUUUCGCUUUACCUACGAUGAAGAAAAAAAAUUUGAAGAUAUCGGAAAAGUUGCGCCAAUCCUUCUAAGCCUUCGUCACACUUCAUUUCUGAUGGCGACCUUGUACACGGGUUUCUGUUAUGGAAUACUUGUUCAUUUUGUUAACUGGGUUAUUGAUGAUCUAGGGGGAUCCAGUUCUAUCAUGGGGGCUGCGGGCGCUGCAAGAGAAAUAGCCGCUAUAAUCAUGUUUGCCAUGAGUGCUACAACUCUCCAAGCCCUUGGCGAUGUCAACACAAUGGUAUUCUCUCUAUUAGCUUACAUUAUCUGCUUUAUUUGUUACUCUAAUCUUGAGAAUCCCUGGAUGGCUGUGGCAUUAGAACUGCUGGAUGGAGGAACUUAUGGUUUAGUUUGGUCCUGUUGUGUUCAUUACAUGAGCGAUGUUGGAACAAAGCUGGGUGUCGUGGAUACCACACAAGGUGACCAACUCACCAAAAAAUUUUCCUUUUUAAUCAAUCUUUUAAGUACCGAGAGUAUUUGAAUGUCCUGGAUUGUAGGUGACUGUUAAAAGAGUUGAAUGUACGUUAAAUAUUUCACUCGGACAAUGCGAUCGAACCAGUAUGAUUCCUCAGGUGUUGUUUUUCGUGGAAUUGUUUAAAGUUGGCCUCAAUAUUUUGCAAAAAAUUCACCAGCUAGGAAUACUUGCCUCAUAAAAAGGGCGAAAAAAAGGAGAAACGUAAUACAAUAGAACUGUUUGAUCCCUAUAAAGGCUGUCAAAAACUUAACCGAGCAUGAAAAGAAAUGCCAAUAUUGCUGACAGACACUCACAGACUAUUAGCUCAUGGAAUAUGUAUGGGGUUUUCUUUCCCUUGAUUUUAUAGAGUUUCUAGAUCAGGAACCCGAAAAAGAAACUUAAUUUGAUAAUCGAUCGUCCACCGAACCAACUGCAACUACAAGAAAGAUCACUCUAGACAAAAUUACGUGGUUAUCAUUGUUUAUGUUUUUCAACCGCUCAUUUUUGACAUCGAUCAUAAUUCUAAAUGAGCGAGCCAGUGUUUUUGGCAACUGAUCCUUUCAGACUUCGCGGUUGAGAUUCAAUUUCAGUGGGUUUCUUACGAAAAGCAAAGCCGCCCGACAGUAGUUUAGAAUGUUAUUUGACUGAAAACUACUUUAUUUUUACAUUUGCAGGGAUUCUUCAAGGAAUAUUCUGGGGACUUGGUAACGGUGGCGGUACUAUGAUCAGUGGUGCACUGAUCGAGUCGUUCGGCGCUACGAACACGUUUCGUGCAUUUGCCUUGGGUGGUACUGUAGUGCUUGUUAUUCUCAUUCUUGCUCAGUAUACGGCAGGUCUACUUGAGCGGAGAGAAAACAAACGUAAAGAGUACGAGUUACUCUCCGAGUCGGAGAGUGAUGGGUCAAAGAGUGAAGAACCGCAAGAGCAUUCAGAAGAGGGGGAAGGUGGAUAUAAAGGAAAGCUGUCCAAAACCACUCACUGACAAGUGAUGUGCUGAUGGACUUUAUACGUUUGACAGUCUGACGAGCAGGCGCAGAGAAUGUUAAGGACCUGAGGACACAAUGAAACAACCAUCCAUGGUUUAUGAAGGUCCUGCGAUAUUUUUUUUAAACUAAUUAAUGAGGGAAAAAAAGUCUGCAUGGAAAUCAUGAUUGGUGUACUUAAGCUGUUGCACUGGGGGGAAUAAUUUAUAUCAGUUGAAGGCGAUACAUACGACUUGAAUUGAAGAAAACAUUAUCAGAUUAGUAAUAAUUUAUUUCUAUGUUUAUUUGCGUUAUUUCUGGGAAAACUUUCUUACGGCAUCCAAUCUGGAAAUUAAAUUGGACCGGAUAUCAUUCAAUGCGAAUCCUUAUUGUGAUUUUUACUAAAUGUUUUC